UCUACACCGCACCUCCAGAUCUUCCUCGGCCCCCCACCUGCAGCGCGAUAGAGUAGAGCACAUCCACUCCACACGUUUGACUGCCCAACCGAAUUGAUAGACGCACAUGGGCCACAUUACCGAUACAGGGACCGACAGACAAUAGAUAAUCCUACCCACCCCCACCAGCAUGAAGCUCCUUCGACCCGGACCUGGGUUCUUCCCACGAAUACGUCCUUGUCCACUGCAAGCCUCGAAGUCGGCGGCUUUCUUGAUCUUGUCCGCACGCAGAACUAUGACGACCGCAACGAAGAUCACGCUACCACGGACGCCGUUGUUCGAGGCUAUCUCGAAACACCCGCAGGAUAAGACUGCGAUCGUUCAUUCCGCGUCGGGGAAGAAGUUCUCGUAUGGUUCGCUACUGGGAGAUAUCGCCGCGAUGAGGGCGAGGAUAUUGGUAUCCGUUGACGGGAAAGACGGGGUUAAAAGCGGGGACCUGCGGGAAAAGAGAGUUGCAUUGCUCGUGGAGAAUGGAUAUGAAUAUGUGGUGGGGCUUCUCGCCGUGAUUGCAUCUGGCGGCAUAGCCGUGCCUUUGUGUACCGCUCAUCCCGCGAAAGAAAUGCGAUACGUCCUCGGUGACUCUACGCCCUCGGCGCUGAUUGCUACGCCCAAGUUUCGGGCGCGGGCGGAGGAGAUUUUGGACUCCGACACCUCCCGCCUGCUACAACUCGAAGAGCUCGCGCCAGAACGAGAACAAGAAGUGGAUGUGGAGCUACGGGCCAACGAUUGGAAGGAGACGAAGCGUGGGGCGCUGAUCAUUUACACGAGCGGAACGACGAACCUCCCGAAGGGCGUGGUUUCAACCCAUACCUCACUGUCGGCACAGGCGUCGUCGCUGAUUACUGCUUGGGAAAUGUCGCCCAGUGAUCACCUACUCCAUGUGCUCCCGCUCCACCAUGUGCAUGGAAUUGUGAAUGCUACAUUCGCGCCCCUCAUGUCCGGCGGGGUAAUCGAGUACUUAUUCCCGUUCUCACCCUCAACGGUAUGGUCCCGUCUCAUCGCGGGCGUCGCCCAACCGGACGAUCCCACAAAACGCGAUCCGAUUACACUCUUCAUGGCCGUACCCACAAUCUACAACCGCUUAAUCUCCAGCCUCCCCUCCCAGCCCCCUGAAAUCCAAAACUCGGCAGCAACAGCAAUCCAAUCCCUCCGGCUAGCUAUCUCCGGCUCCGCCGCCCUACCAUCCAGCAUCCGCGAAAACUGGCGGAAUCUUGCCGGAACCUUCACAGGUGGCGGUAGCAUGCUCGAGCGCUACGGCAUGACCGAAAUCGGGAUGGCAUUAUCCAACCGUCUCGAGAAGCGCGUGAACAACGCCGUCGGCUGGCCACUCCCCGGUGUCGAAGCGCGCCUUGUCGAUAUAGAAACCGGCGACCCCAUCACGCAGCCCAACGUUUCCGGCGAGAUUCAAAUCCGUGGGCCGACCGUCUUCCGUGAGUACUGGAACAAGCCUGAGGCCACCGCGAAGGAGUUUGUCGAAGGCGACUGGUUCAAGACGGGGGAUGUGGCAACGAUGGAUGCCGACGGCUGCUAUUUCAUCCAUGGUCGGCGAAGCGUCGAUAUCAUCAAGUCGGGUGGCGAGAAGAUCUCGGCGCUGGAGGUUGAGCGGGAGAUUCUGGAGCUGCCACAGGUGAAGGAGGCGGCUGUUGUGGCGAUUCCUGAUCCCGACUGGGGGCAAAGGGUUGCGGCUGUGGUUGUUCUCAGUGAGCAGGCGGUAAAGGAGGGGUGGCAGUUGGAGCAGAUGAGGACUGAGAUGAAGAAGCGCAUUGCCGGCUACAAGGUUCCGACUAUUAUGAGGAUUGUGGACGAGAUUGAGAGGAAUCAGAUGGGAAAGAUCAAUAAAAAGACUUUGAUCAAGAGCGUAUUUGCGGAUAUUCUCUGAGGAGUGGCUAAGUUACAGCGUUAUGGUAUAAGAUAGAAUACAGGAGGUUACUCUCUGCUAUUAUUUUAUAUACAUGAACUGGUUGCUCGAACUGGCAAGUGCAAUGUCGGAGCAUGCUCCCCACGCAUCUCUAUCCGUGGCAAUUGUGGACAGGUCAUUCCAGCAAAACAUCGAUGUCCGCAGUGCCAAAAGAAGAUAUCAAUGAUUUCACCCAGGCUCGAUCUGGGGACCUUGUGUGUGUUAGACACAUGUGAUAACCAACUACACCAUGAAACC